AGUUAUUAAUUGAGUCCGACAGUCGAUACAAAUGUGUUUAAGUUGCAUUAUAAAAAUGUAAUCUAAUGACUAAAACGACAUUUUCAAGUUCUCCGUACAUGAAUUAUUGUUUUUAUAUAAUUUAAAAUUAAAAUAUAAAAAGAUUUUUUCUACAUUUUACUAUUUUAGAAUUAUAUUUUUUUAUAAUUGUAUUAUUUCUCAUACAUUUUAAAAUCUUGUACAAACCGCAACGUAACGUUUACACUUUACAAAUUACAAUAGUGACCUCAGUUCCUAUUCAAGUUCCAAGUCCAAUUCAAUGUGUAAUAGUCGGAAGUCCUUCAAUAUUUACGUUAAUUUAAUAUUGAAUAAUGGUUAUUAACUAGUGUACAACAGUUUGAAAUGAUUCACAAAACAUUUUUACUAUAUAUGCUUAUUAGUUAUUGAAUACGUUUAACUUCACCGUGUUAAAAGUAAAAUAAAUAAUAAUAUUAUACUUUUUUUUAUAUAUAUAAUACAAUAAUGGUUUUAACAGUUUCAUUAGUGCACAUAUUCCAGCAACCAUUUCAAACAAUUAAAACUUACUACAAUCAAAUCAGACAAAAAGACGAUGUUGUUAAAAUCUCAGAAUUAAUUGAUGCGCACAUCGAUGAACAUGGAUUUGAAUAUACUAAACAUAGGCUAGUAUGUCAUAAUAUUAUACCUCAAGUAUUAAGGCGCGAUCAAAUACUACAUGUUCCAGAAAUACUUAUUGAAGAAGAAUGUUGGUAUGACGAAAAAGGUCAAAAAUUUUGGGCAAGAACGAGAAAUUUGAGUUGGUCAGAAAUAGCCACGUUAUCUAAUAUAAUAACAUUAUCAAUUACACCAAACCCAACAUGGACUAAGUAUGAAAUUGAUGGCAUAACAGAUUUUUUUGGAACACAGCCUCACGGAGUUGGAUAUGCAGUAGAGUAUUUUUUGAAAAAAUAUACAGAAAAAAAGUUGUUGGAACAUAUUAAAAUAAUCGACCAGGAAUGUUUGAAAAAUAGUGAUAUAUUAAUGUAAGAAUUUUGAAUUUGUAUUUUUAAACAAUUAAUAGUAUAGUGUAGAACAGUGUUUCCCAACCUUUUUUUACUCAACGCCCCUUUUAGAUUUUAAAAAUCUCACACCGCCCUCCCCCCCCCCAUCAAUUUUUCAAAAUAUAAAAGUUUUAUUUUUUAAUAAGCUAUUUAAUUUAAGACAAAAUAUCAUUUAACAUUUUAUCGCUACAAUUUAGUUAAUUUUAAAUUUAAAUACCUACUAAUAAUAUGAAUUAUAUAAUUUGAUUUCGAAUUUGCUAAUAUAAAAUUAUAACACAAAAAAUACUUAUGUGACUAAUGACUGCCCUGAGGUUGAUGGUUUCCUGCUAACGAAAUGAUAUCUGGCUCAAUAGAUGUCAGCAUUAGUCUUAAAUCUCUUCUUUCACAUAUUUCUAAUUUGUUUCUUGAUUUGGUCAAAAGUAGUUGAACCGCACUAAAGCCUUUUUCGACUAGGUAUGUCGACGGAAAAGCCAUAAUUAGUAAUUCCACUUCUUUCCAAAGUUGAGGGUACAUAGAUUUUGUUUGAGCCAAAACAAAUCGUAUCCAUUAUAUUUAAAAUCGAUUUUAGCUUUUUCAUUGUGCUUCCUUUCGAGUAGUUCUUCUUGAAUUAAUGGUUGGAAAUUUUUUAUAUCUGCUAAAAAUGGAUUCAAUACCCAUUCAGAUAUUAUCAGUUCGUUGAUAUCCUUAAAUCUAGUACUCAUAUUAUUAUAUGAUAAUGAUUACAUUUGGUAUUUUAAAUUUAUUUUUUUGGAGUUUUUAUUCUACGCAGUUAUACAUUUCAUUACAAUCAGUUAUAAACCAAAAAAAAUUAUUUGAUAGAUGAGCGACCCCUUUAGCGCCCCCCUCAUAAAAACGCCCCCUUCAAAAUAAAAAAUGCCCACAAGGGGGCGGUAGCGCCCACGUUGGGAACCACUGGUGUAGAAGAUCUGUAUUAAAUGCAUUUUUGAAGAACAGAAAAUAUUACCUAUUAAAUUGUCUUACCUACUAUAAAAAAUUAUAUCUCACCAUUGUUAAUAUGUAUGGAAUUAAUAAUUAUAUAUACAAUUUUAAAAUAACAAAUGCAAAACAAUCUGUUUUAUUUAUAUUUGUUACAUUUUUAAACUGGUAUUAAUCAUUUAAUAAAUCAGAAUAAAACAGUUCAAUUUGGA